CGCUGCACUAAUUUUUUUGGCCACUCUGCUGCAGCGCUGCUGCUACUUUUUCUCGUCUAUAAAAUGUCUUCCACUGCUUCUUCUACUGCUUCAAUCUGCGCCACUUCCAGAACUACUUUCUCAUCGAAGCACGUCGCGAGAAGCUGCUUCGUCGCCGUUCCCAAUCGCGCGUUCUCGAAGCUCAAUUUCAGAUUCAAACCCGUCGCUAUGGCUACGCUCGGCGCUCGCAUGGUGGCCGCUGCACCCUCUGUUACUCCUCCGGCCUCGCUUGACUUCGAAAGCUCCGUUUUCAAGAAGGAGAAGAUUAACCUCUCUGGACACGACGAGGGCAAAUCAAGACAGGCUCGAACUGUUUUAAAUGUGUAAUUGGUGAAAAGACGGAAAUGACCCCGCGGGUAAUUUGUUUGUUUGCGUGGAGUACAUCGUGGAAGGAGGGAGGGAUUUGUUCCCUGCACAUUGGUCAUCCAAUAAGAAAAUGUAACUUUUGUUUUUCUUCUAAACGAAUACGAUAUUGAUAUUUUUUAUUGGAGUGCGAUUAAUUUCUAA